UCGCAGCUGCUUGGGAGCGAUGCUCCGAGUCAGGCUGGAGAAGAACCCUGGUAUAAAACAUGGCGUCGCCCUCGUAGUCCAGCACAUGCGACGCUGCUUGCUCAGACCAUAGACAUUUGAUAUUAAAGCCUUGACGGCCCACACCAAAUCCACCUCUCCCACGAAACCCCCUCCAUCGCCGCCAUGACCAAGCUUUUUACCCCUCUCAAGGUGGGCUCGUCCCGGCUGCUGAACCGCGUGGCCAUGGCGCCCAUGACGCGGUUCCGCGCCGACGACGAUUGGGUCCCGAUUCCGGCCGUCGCAGACUACUACGCGCAGCGCGCAGCCGUCCCAGGCACGCUCCUCAUCACCGAGGGCACCGUCGUGUCGGCGGCCAACAUGGGCAUGGACAAUGUGCCCGGCAUCUGGACGGACGCGCAGGUCGCGGCGUGGCGCAAGGUGGUGGACGCCGUGCACGCGCGCGGCGGCGUCAUCUUCUGCCAGCUGUGGGCGCACGGCCGGUCCGGGACCAACGACGUGGCCAAGAAGCUCGGCCACGUCGUGCUCGCCCCGAGCGCCAUCGCCAUACCGGACGAGGGGCGCGCCGAGGUGCCGCGCGAGAUGACCGAGGCCGAGAUCCGGCAGGCCAUCGCCGACUACGCGCUGGCGGCCCGCAACGCCGUGGAGCGCGCCGGGUUCGACGGGGUCGAGAUCCACGGCGCCAACGGGUACCUGCUCGACCAGUUCCUGCAGGACAUGUCCAAUAAGCGCACCGACGCGUGGGGCGGCAGCGUCGAGAAGCGCGCGCGCUUCCACGUCGAGGUCGUCAAGGCCGUCAUCGACGCCGUCGGCGCCGACAGGACGGGCCUGCGCCUGAGCCCGUACAGCGACUACCAGGGCAUGCUGAUGGAGGACCCGAAGCCACAGUUCAGCUACCUGCUGGAGCAACUGAGGCCGCUGAAGCUGGCGUACCUGCACGCGCUCGAGGAGCGCGCCGACGUCGCGGGCCAGAGCGAGAAGCAGCUGGACCCGGUCAAGAACCUCGACUGGAUGGUCAAGCAGUGGGACAAUGCGAGCCCGUUCAUCGUCACGGGCGACCAGAACGCCAAGAUUGCGCGCGAGACGGUGGACGAGCGGUUCAAGGACCUGGACGUCAUCGUCGGUCUCGGCCGGCCCUUCAUCACCAACCCGGACGUGGUCUUUAGGUUCGAAAAGGAGCUGCCGCUGGAGCUGUCCGAUGACCGCGCGUCCUUCUACGAGGCCAAGAGCCUGGUGGGGUUCGCCGACUACCCGUACAGCUCCGAGUACCAGGCCUCGGUGGGUGCCAACUAGACGGGAGGCAUUAUAACUAGAUUAGCAUGAUAGCGUUGCAUUUUAGCAGAAAGACGGCCAUGUCGAACAAUAGACUUGGAUUUUCGUUGCGCACUCAUUUUUAC